CAAUUUUGAAAAAAAAAAUAGUUUAAUGUCUUCAGUCAAUAAAUGCAAUUACAAACGCAUUCACCUAACUUUGCGCAGCGACACACGCGGCUGGUUUCAGCAUAUUGACGCGCGUAUUUGAUGACAGAUUGGCAAUUACAUUCAAACUAACGCCACAAGUUGUUUACAAAAAGAUUCCAACGCAUGCAAGUUUUAGUGUACAGAAUACUUGUUUUCGUGCAACAAUUCCGUUUAUUUUUUUUUCUCGAAUAAUUGACUUAUUUUUGUGUUAGAUCAAGUUUGCUAUAUAUCAAAAAAGAAUAUGAACUAAUUUGGUGCUAAGUUGUUCAUAAAAUAAGUGAAAAUGGAUGUUCCCGGACUGAGUUUAUUUCAGGGAACCGAAAGCAUAAAGUUGAACAACGACCAACAACGAGCUGAAGAAGAAGAUGCCAUCGAAGAUCGAAAGAGACGCAAUGAAGAGUUGGAAAGCGAAUUACAAAAUGCGUUUGACGAUUUGGACGAUUUCGAGGACGAUGACGACGUUAGUGUAUCUUAUAAUGCUUCCAAUUCAUCGGCGAAUCGUAGAAAUGCCGCAGCGUUAGCAAAUCCAAUAUUCAACGGUAUUGAGACCAAUCGCAUAGCACACCUUAACAGUCAUGACAAUGAGCGGAUGACCGAGAUUCUUCAGCUGAAAAAUAUGUUGUCGUCGAAGAAUGAAGAGUUGCGAAUUGCCGCCAGUGAAAUUAAGAAUUCACAAAAUAAAAACGACGAGCUGGUCAAACGUCUUGCCAUUGCUGAAGCGGAAAAAGAGCGUGCCCACAUGAGUCGCCAACAGACACACGAAUUAUUCGUUGAAUCAAAACAAAAGCUAUCCGAACGUGAUGAAAUAAUAUCUGAUUUGAAUGGAAAAAUUAAAUCGCUCAACGAUAAAAACCUCGAAGUCUUGGCCGAAUUGGAGCACACAAAAUCAUUGCUGAGCGAUGUCCAACAUAAAUACCAUAUGGUUGAGAGAAAUGCUAGUUAUUCGUCGGAGAAACAUGCAGACAGUAUGGUCAAACAAAUUAACGAUCGACAUGCGGCUCAAACUGACAUGAUGCAACAACAAAUAAAUACAAUGCGCACAAAACUUGAAGAUCGAGAUAAUGAGCUGAAACGAUUGAUGGUACAAAAUAAUGAGCUACAGAAAUCACGUGAAGCAGUCUUACUUGACAAAGCAGAUACCAUAAAUCAGUUGACGCAUCGCCUGGACGAUGCACAGCGCCAAGUCCAAGAUCUGAUUCGCAAGAAUGGAACUAGUGGAGAUUUGGCACAAGAAAAUGUUCGACUGAUGCGUUCGGUUACCGCUUUGCAGCAACAAACAGAUGAAAUGCAACAAACCAUCAAUGAGUUAAAUUUGAGACUAGAAUCAACGACCACCGAACUUGAACAGCUCACCGAAACAGCCAUUAAUAAUAUCGAAACCAUAUCGAACAGCGACCAUAAUCUACCCACCAAUGGCAUUGGGGAAACGCCAAUGAUUCGAAAAGCAGUCAGCCAUCCAAGGCUAGCUGUGAGCAGUACGCCGUUUCAAGUUGAGGAUCGUAUAACGCGACUGAAACAAGAAUUCAAUCGAUGUGUUGCCGAUCAAAAAGCGAAGCGCCAAGAAAUUCUAGCACUAAAAGAAGAGCUCGCAGCCAAAAAUAAGGAAAUCGAUCGACUCAAGCAAGAUGAAAAUCUUGCGUUAAUCGAAUUAAACACCAGCAAAGAAAAUACUGAACGUCUUGCCAUCCGAUUGAAAAACAUGGAACGUGAGUUAGAAGAUUUCAAAAAUAAAACAGAAUCCAGGCACCAAGAGAAAACCACAAGAGACGAAAACGACCGUAUACAGAAGCUUCAGCAAGAAAAUGAGAAUUUCCGGUCAAACUGCAAUCAUUUGAAUGAAACAAUUCGGGCAUUGGAAGACGAGCGUGACAGAACCGAAGAGAAGUACAGAGAAGUGUGUAAAGAAAUGGCCGAGUUACAACAGAAAUUUAGCCAACUGGAAUCAAAUCCAUGUCUAGAAUGCGAAAAAGAGAAAUUUUUAACCAAAGAGUCUCGAGAAGAGUGCACAAGACUGAAAGAGCUAUACAUUCGGAUCACCGACGAAAAAGAAGAAGCAUUGCGAAAGCUCAGACAAACCGAAACGGUCGAUUUGAAGAAAGAAUUGCUUGAACAACGAAAUAUGGUAGCAAGUUUGGAACGAUCGCUGCAAUUGGCCGAAAUGAAGUACACCGAAAUGUCAAAGAUUUUAGAACGAGAAAAGACCGACCAUGAAAUUCAAAUCGAGAAUUUGCGCGCAAAAUAUGAAGCGGAAAUAACCAACAUUGAAUCGAAAGAGCAAAAGGACAUAUCAAAUUCGUGUCUCAAAUGCGUUGAUCUAACAGCAAAAUUGGCAAAGUACGAAAUUGAAGGAUUGCAACUCCAAACCACAGUAUCUGGAUAUCUUAAAGAUAUACAUGAAUUGAAGAAGUCACUGAAAAAAGCUGAACAAACAAUCACAGAUCUUAGUGGAAAGUUAGCAUUAAAAGAGGAACAUGAACAAUUACUUGAUGAGUUGAAGAGCAAGGCCAAGCAAUUUGAAGAGUUUAUGCGCAAUCAAUCGCCGACCAAAUCAAUUUUGGUAGAUGCGAUUGUGAAUAGUCAAACUAGUCGGGUUCGUGAUCAAUGCGUAUCAACGGAGGAUCUCAUUGUUAUUGAAAGUCCACGACCAGGUAGUGUGACUAGUAUUGUAGGCUUGGAUCGGUCAGCCGAAAAGAGAAUCCGUGAAGAUAUGGCCCGUGCAAUGGCAUUGAAGGUUAAGGCGGUUGAAAACGAAUUCAAGGGACAAAUUCUGGAAUUUGAACAACAAGUUAACGAACUUACAACUGAAGUAGUCACACUGCAAACACAGCUGAAGGAACGUGAAACUGAUGUCUCCAACCUGAAAACGUGCAUUUUGAAAGAGCGAUUCGAGGUGAGGAAUAUUCUGGAACAAAAAGGGGCAGAACACAUGGAAAUGAUGAAACAACAUCAAAAUGAUCUUUCGACUACACGCAAUGAUCUUGAAGUGGCGAACAAACGUGUCAACAGUCUACUGAAUGAGCUAGAUCAGUGUAAAUUGCAAUUCCAGGCUGAACGAGAAAAUAUGAACAAAUUGAUGAGUGAAUGGAAGGCACAAAUAGCUGCUCUUGCUGAACGUGAACAGAAUCUCACCAAACAAAUACACAAUAUGGAACAUAGUUAUAGGACCACGGUAAGCAGUCUCAACGAAAAGUGUAUGGCGGCCAAAAAAACUGCGGCCAGCUACAGAAAGUAUUCCGAGGAUAAGGAGAAACACAUCGAACAGGAAAGUGAACGAAUCAAAUUAGCGUAUGAGGAAACGAUGGCAAAAAUAAAGGAUAAUAUGAAUAAGGCCAUAAAAGAUCACGAGAAACGAGCCAAUAGACGAAUAUCUGAAAUGCAAGCUCAAUUGGAUGUCGUAAUGCAGAAACGGAAAUAAACAUAAACUAACACAUAAAUGCGAAAUUUGUCUCGUUUUCAAUAAUUACAUGAUUAUUAUUUUUUUAAUUUGAUCAAUUUUGUGGUGAAAUAAAACAGUGUUGAAAUGUUUUCAUUAAA